GAGACAGAGAAAUAUCAUCCAUCUGAUGGUUCACUCUCCAGUGGUCACAGUGGCCAGGCCUGGAUUGUUUGAAGGGCGGAAGACAGAAGCUUUUUCUAAGUCUGCCAUGUAGGUGCAGGAGCAUCAGGAUUUGUGCUACCCAAUGCUGCUUCCCCAGACUGUUAAGCAGGGAGCUGAAGUGAAACAGCUGAGACUCCAACCAGGGACGCUUACACUAAAAGUGGAAGCUUUACCUGCUAUGCGAUAGCAUUGGCCCCAGACCCUGUGAUAAUUUUCUUGGGAAAAAUGCAGCAAUAACAAGGAAAUGCUAGUGACCAUAAUAGCCAAAACACUUUGGGCAAUUACUAUAUGAUACAGAUUUUGAAUAACGAUUUUGUGAAGAAACUACAUUUUAUCUUGCAGCCAACCUGUAAGAUCGAGUUUGUUAUUAUCACUUUACAAAUGAGGAAUGAGGCAUGGAGAAAAGUUCGAUAACAGGGAACAAUAGAGUUGGGACUUGAAUGCUGCACGGAAUGAAACCGAAGACAACAAUCCCACCCCCUCCAUUGUGUCAGUUGACUGGAGAGGCAUAGAACUGUAGAAUCUGGGACUUGAAGGGACCGGAGACUGUGGUGAUCCUUGGCCUGACUCCCGUAGAGUGAUUGUUUAGCCCUGAGGUUAGAUCUGUCUCUAUCAGUUCACCUAUUGAUGUCAGUUCCAUCCCUUCCUCUCAGAGAUGAGAUUGUGCACAGUAACUCAUUUCUUUUAACACACAUGGGUAUUUUUCAAUCAGAUGUCUGUAAAUGCUGGUGGCAUUUGGCAAUCGAAGUAAACUGUUAUAGUUCAAGACCAUCACAGAGAUGAGGACUGAGUAAAUAUUAACAACCCUCAUGCUUGGUUGGAACUUAAAAGGACUGCCUAACAUCCAUGAGCAAGCUUUUGUCAGUCACAAUCUAGACCAGAUUAGUCUGAAAGUCCAAGGAAGAACCAAAGUUCACCUGAGAGCAGAAGUUUCUAUACACGUCUCCCAGGAUUGUUUGCAAGUUGAAAGAACAGAAAAUGAUGAAGGAGAAAGAGAAAACCAUUGCUAUUGUGCAAGUUAUAGACCCUUCAAACUUAAAACUGUUAUCUGGAAAUAUUUUGGAUGUGUACUGUGGUGAGCAGGCAACUUCACCAGUUAAUAUGGGGCUUACAAGUGCUUCCUGUCCAAAUGGUCUACCAAUGAAAAGGGAGGUUACAGAGACUGACAGUAAAGCACUGGCAAAAGAGAGACAAAAAAAGGACAACCAUAACCUCAUUGAAAGAAGAAGAAGGUAUAAUAUUAAUUACAGAAUCAAGGAGCUUGGCACUCUUAUCCCGAAAUCUAAUGAUCCUGAUAUGCGUUGGAACAAAGGCACCAUUCUGAAGGCAUCAGUGGAGUACAUCAAGUGGCUACAGAAAGAACAGCAGAGGGCCCGCGAGUUAGAGCGCAGGCAGCAGAAGUUAGAACAGGCCAACCGGCGACUUCUGCUCCGGAUACAGGAACUAGAGAUACAGGCUCGUGCUCAUGGUCUGCCAGCCCUGGCUUCGCUUGGCAUGGUGGAUCCAGGUGCUGCCAUCACCAAACAGCAGACCCAUCCUGAGCAGUAUUCAGUAGACUACUGCCAUCAACUGACUUCAGCCCAAGAGCUGAGUUCUGAGCUUUCUGACCAAGCGAUGGCCUUCUCUGAUCCUUUGUCACACUUCACAGACUUAUCAUUUAGUGCUGCUUUGAAGGAGGAACAGAGACUAGACGAUGCAUUACUGGAUGCCAAAUUAUCUCCGCUUGGGGUAGAUCCUCUGCUCGCUGUCACUUCUCCUACAGUUUCCAAAGAGAGCAGCAGGAGAAGCAGCUUCAGCUCGGAAGAUGGUGACGAGUUAUAAGAAAUAAGUGGGACCAGUCCGUCAAUGGAAGCAAUCUAUGCUGGUGCUGUGCAGUCUCACGCUGUGUGUCUUGUAUUGCCUCGGCUUUGUUUUUCUGAAAUUAUUAUAAUGUUCAUGAAAACUGGACUGAUGAGGAGUAAAAGAAGAAUUCACAAGAAAGUCAUGGUGACUAGGCAGGAGGUGCAGCUAAGGAAUAGCCCUCUAUUGAUGUUUUAUGGGCAACGACUUGGUGA